AUGGUGGUGCUAUUAUCUGAUGGUAACAGCCAAGAUCAUUGGGAUAAUGUCAUCCGAUCAUCAAAUCGACUUCGUACCACAGGAGCAGAAGUGUAUGCGGUGACGAUCAGCAAAAACUACAUGUUCAGAGAACUCGAGUUGUACGCCGGUGAUAAGACAAGAGUCUACAUCGAUGCCAGGGUCAGGCAGUUCCUCGACGAGACCGAGAAAGGAGUGACUCACUGCGGUCGUUCUGUUAAGCAAGCUUCCUCCGUCGUCCUCCAGGCUCCUAAGUCAUGCUCGGCGAUUGUGGAUCUGCUGAUUGUGUUGGACACCUCAACACCUUCACAGAGUUUCUAUCAAGAGAAGCAAUUGGCCAUUGAUUUGCUCAAAGCUCUGCCUGCUAAUGUGUUUGAGAGGCGACUCGCAGUAUCCAUAAUAACAUUUGCGAGCAAUUCGACCGUAUUGCUGCCGCUUGGCCUCCAGCCAAAGGAGGAAAUCGUCUUCGAAUUGGAGCGUGUCGCUCACUCAACCGGUCCAGCCAGUCUUACCGGAGCCUCGUCUCAUACGAUGCGCGUAACGUCCGAAGCGGCAAAAAGGAUGUUACUGCCGUACACAUAUAACUAUAAAUAUAACUCUACCAGCUUUUGCCUGUAA